AUGGAGGGUUUAGAUUGUUUUCUGUCUGAUCGAACCACACACCAGCCGGUUCGAUCUGUGAGUCUUCCUUCAAGAAUCCAUCCACUCUCUAUUAAACUCAGAUCAGCCUUGAACCGGCUCAGUAUCUGGAAGAGAUCCUCUUCCUCAAUCUCAGUUUCAGCUUCUUUCGGGUCCGAGAGACUUCUCGUUGGACUAGUGAACCUCACCGAGCUCUACGGUUGCGUCCACGAGCUACUUGAGUCUCCUUACGUGAGACACACUCUACGUCACCCAGAAGGGAAACUUCUAGAUGAGUCUUUAAAUGUAUCCGUCGUGUUGCUGGACGUGUGUGAGGCUGCAAGGGAGGUGGUUGCCACGAUGAGAGAGCACAUGAUGAAUCUCAAAUCAGCUCUGCGUAGGAAAGGUAGCGUAGAGAAGGAGGUUAGGGCAUAUGUUAACGUGAGGAAGAAGGCAAAGAAGAAAUCUCCAAACACCUCAAUGGACUUAAGAAAAUGGAAAACUAGAGAUAUUUCCACAAAUAUAGAUCAAGAUCCAGCGGUAGCAUCUACGAGUGUUCUGAGAGAGACGAUCGAAAUCUCUGUCUCGAUCCUCAGGCAUCUUUUGUUGUUCCUAUCGACCACACCACCACCACCUCCAGCAAGGAAAAUCAAGAACUCAUUGUCUUUUUCGAUUCCUUUAGCAUCGAGGUCAUUGGCAGAUAGAUAUCUGGAUCUGAUAAAAGAAGCGAAAAAUCUUGAUGAUGUCUUUUUAGGUUCUCUUGAGAAGAACAAGAGGAGAGAUAUCGUUGAAGAGAGCUUUGGUGAUCUGGCAGAGCUGGACUCAGUUUUCAAGUUAGUCAAGAACAGAGUACUGUUCCUUAAUAUCCUAAGUAACUGUUGAGACCUGAGUCUUUUUUUUUUCCUCCGAGCUUUUCUUUUUGUCAAUCAGAUGUAUACAUCUUUGUCCUCAAGUUGUUUCUCUUGC